AUGCCCAACAACGAAGAUGUGCAACAUGCUCACAGCGCGUUCUUCGCGAACACCGUGGGCGCUUCGGAGAAUAUGCCGGUUUCGUUGACGAGGCAUCACGACGUAUACCCCACCAUCGACCCGACAACGCAUUUCAACCAUCAUACGUAUCAGGACAAGGUUGUCAUCAUCACGGGCGCCAGUAGCGGUAUCGGGCUCGAUAUAGCCAUGCAUUAUGCAAGGGCGGGCGCUUCCGUGACCAUUGUGGCGCGCAACGAAGAGACGCUAGAGACCGCGCGGGUAUCCAUAGAGAACGAAACCGGGAACACACGCGUGCUCGCCGUGUGCGCUGACGUGACUGUUCCUUCGGAAGCGGAGGGUGCUGUCAGACAGACGAUAGAGCGCUGGAACAAAAUCGACAUACUGGUAGCCAAUGCCGGAAUCGGUACAUCGUACACUACGCCUUUAGGAGAGAUGGAUCCCCUGACCUGGUUUGAGCCUUUCAGAAUCAACAUCUUCGGGGUGUACACAUUCAUCCGAUACGCGAUUGAGCACCUGCAGAAGACAAAAGGCUACAUCAUUGCGACAACAUCUGGGAUGGCGCAGCUUCGAAUUCCGAAUCUGAGUUCAUACGCGAUAUCCAAACUGGGGGUGAACCGGCUAGUCGAGUUUGUGGAUGUUGAGUACGGUCGCACAGUGACGGCCUUUGCUCUGCAUCCAGGAACAAUUCGAACGGCCAUAAACGCAGCUGCCCAGAACAUGCCGACGCCAGAUACAACCACAUUGGCCGCGGCUACAGUCCUUUACUUGACAUCCGGACAAAUAGACUGGUUACACGGACGAUACGUCUCUGCGAACUGGGAUCUCGCGGAGCUGGAGAGAGAUUUCAAAGAUAAGAUUCUCAAGCAGGACAGUCUAGUGACGAAACUGGCAAUGCCGGUAUAA